GUCCUCCCCCCGUUUUCCCUUCUCCGUUUUCUGCCCAUUGACUUUUGACAACCUCGAGGGAAGCGGGGGGCGUCGGAUCUCCGCAUCGCGCUGGUGGUUCCCCCCUUUAUUCCUGCCCCCACCCCACCCUUCCAGCCGCCGCCCCCCCCUUUUUUUGGAAGAUGUUACUUUCCAAGUUCGGAUCCCUCGCUCAUCUCUGCAACCCAACCAGCAUGGACCACUUGCCCGUCAAGAUCCUCCAACCAGUGAAACUGGAGAAGGAGCCGUUCGAUAAAAUCUAUCAAGUGGGCUCCGUGCUGGGCAGCGGGGGAUUUGGCACCGUCUAUGCCGGGAACCGCAUCUCCGAUGGCUUGCCGGUUGCCGUCAAACACGUCAUGAGGGAGAGGGUGACAGAAUGGGGCACAAUUGGUGGAGUUAUGGUGCCCUUAGAGAUCGUUCUGCUCAAGAAAGUGGGGUCCGGCUUCCGUGGGGUCAUCAAGCUGCUGGACUGGUACGAGCGGCCCGACGGCUACUUGAUCAUCAUGGAGCGGCCCGAACUGGUGAAGGACCUCUUUGACUUCAUCACCGAGAAGGGAGCCCUGGAUGAGGAGACGGCCAGGGGCUUCUUCCGACAGGUCCUGGAGGCGGUUCGCCAUUGCUACAGCUGCGGCGUUGUGCACAGAGACAUCAAGGACGAGAACCUGCUGGUGGACCUCAGGACAGGGGAGCUGAAGCUGAUCGAUUUCGGCUCCGGGGCCCUCCUCAAGGACACCGUCUACACGGAUUUCGAUGGGACGCGAGUAUACAGCCCUCCGGAAUGGAUCCGGUACCACCGAUACCAUGGGAGAUCAGCCACUGUGUGGUCUUUGGGCGUCCUCUUAUAUGAUAUGGUCUGCGGCGACAUCCCCUUCGAGCAAGACGAAGAAAUCUUGAGGGGAAGGCUAUACUUCAGGAGAAGAAUUUCGUCUGAAUGCCAACAGCUGAUCAAAUGGUGCCUUUCUCUGAGGCCUUCGGACCGGCCGACCCUCGAGCAGAUCUUCGACCACCCCUGGAUGCACAAGUCGGACGUCGCCAAGUCAGAGGAUUGCGACAUCCGGCUACGGACCAUUGACACGGAUGUUUCCAGCACAAGUUCGAGCAACGAGAGCCUGUGAAAUUGACGAGGACCUUGCGGCGGGAGGGGAGGAGCCACGAGUGGGGAGGGGAGGAGUCCAGAGU